AAUUGUUAUUCAGAGUGAUCUCCCUUCCAGGAAGAAGAACUAUUGAAAUAAAAUAUUUUUUUGUAAACAAUAAAUGUUCUGAAUAAUUGCGUUGUUAAGCUUGGAAGAUGUCUGAAACAACAGGUACAAAUCAUACACCUAGCAGCGAUAGGAGAAAUCAUGUUAUGGUGGGUGAGCUGCCAGGUGAUUUUCUUCGAAUUAAUGGUACACCACAGCAGCAACAGGCGUUAGCAGAUGAACGAGUGGCACAGAUUCUGCAGGCCCAACAGCAAGCUGGUUACUAUUCCAUGCCUGCUAAUAUAAAAGGAAGAAUUAACAUCAGUGUUGUGCAGGCAAAGCUUACUAAGAACUAUGGUUUGACCAGGAUGGAUCCAUACUGUAGACUAAGGGUCGGUCAUGCUGUGUUUGAAACACCUACAGCUUACAAUGGGGGUAAAAAUCCGCAAUGGUGUAAAGACAUACAAUGUUACCUGCCAAGUGGUGUUGAUAACAUGUAUGUUGAAAUAUUUGAUGAGAAAUCAUUUACCUCAGAUGAUCGUGUAGCGUGGGCAUAUGUUAACAUUCCUCCUCCAGCUUUAAGUGGGGAAACAGUCGACGAAUGGUUUGCACUCAGUGGUAAACAAGGUGAUGAGAAAGAAGGCACCUUAAACCUUGUCAUAACUUUUACUCCAGUAGAAAACCUCCCACCAGCUGUGAUGCAGGCACCCAUGGUCUUCCCUCAGAUGCAGCCUUACCCUGGGGUUGUUAUGCCAGGAGUGUACCCACCUCAGGCGUCAAUGGGGAUGCAAGCACCAAGACAGCCAGGUUUCACCGAAGAAGAUUUCAAACAGGUCAAGGACAUGUUUCCAAAUAUGGAAGAUGACAUCAUUCGAUCUGUCUUUGUUGCUAAUAGUGGAAAUAAAGACUCUACGAUAAAUGCUUUAUUACAAAUGAGUGCAGACUGAAAAAAAACUUUCUGUGAACACAAGACUGAUGUAGUGCUGAACGUAUUUUUAACUGGAUAGCAGGUUUUAUUUUAGGAAACUGUAUUGCCUCCAAAAUAAAUGCUGAGUAACAAUAUCUUUAGUUGCAUAUUUAACAAAAGA